AUGAAGCAAGUAGUUAGCCAAAUAUUUUUGUUUGCUACUGAUGCCAGUAAUUUUAUUUUUUUUGAUCAGAAACAAGAGAAUAUUAUUCAAAAUGAAGAAAAUAUGAAAGAUUACACAAAUGGACAAGAAGUGCUCUAUAUAAAAAAUAUUAAGAAAGAAAAGCAAAAACUAAAAUUGGAAUGUAAAGGACAUGACAAAAAACAAAGCUUCUUUAAGGCUACACACUCUGCGAUGUCUUCAACUUGUGAGGGAACCUGCUGGUGUGUUUGCUGUGAGAUGCUGGCAUUUCUUUUUGCCUCAAGCUACAUUUAG